CAGGUAGCCAAUUUCUUCCCUGGGCGGAGGUACAGAGCACAGUUGCAUAUCUAUGGAGACAUUUGGGGUUUUGAACCAGAAUUUUGGAAAGGAACUACUGGACUACGUAAGGUAGCUGUACAGGUCACGCACCUUUUCUAACGUGUAGUUUUCUAUAAUUUAACUUUUUUUUUCUUUUCUUGUAGGCUAUAACAUUUGCUGUUUCAUACUCAAAUUCAGCGUGAAUUUGUCAAAGUAACAUGUUAAUGGUUUUUGUAGGGCGAGGAAGACAAAAGGGCGAGAACUACUUUUUAACACUGUGAUUUUCUUUUGCCAAAUGAAGAUCAAAUGUAACCUGUAGAGGUGUGUAUGGGGGUAGGGUCUAGUGUUGCGCAUAUGGCUGUGCUUUCAUUUGCUCGGUUGCAGGUCAGUAACUGCAGCACGCUGGAAAGUAUUGAAUGUUACUGCAGAGAUCUGUAGCCCAACCACACACUGCUGACCAGAGCGUUGACAAAAAUCUGCGCGUAGACUAAAAUGAAGUUGUCCGUCGUUGGAUGUGUUUGUGCGCUUGUUCUGCUGCUGCGACAACACCUCAGUCGAGGUGAUGUUGAAGUAGGACCCACUAAUACAGUAGUCAACCCCUGCUGUCAGUUCCCAUGUCAGAACUCAGGUGUGUGUGUGAGGUAUGGCCUAGACAAAUAUCAGUGUGACUGCACCCGGACCGGUUACCAUGGAGACAACUGCUCUACCCCUGAGUUCUGGACCCGCCUCCGAACUCUCCUGAAGCCCAGCCCUAGUGUGCUCCACUACAUCCUGACACACUUCCACUGGCUCUGGGACAUCAUCAACCGGACCUUCCUUCGGGACGUGCUGAUGAGGCUGGUUCUGACAGCCAGGUCCAACCUGAUCCCCAGCCCCCCCACCUUUAACUCCAAGUAUGGUUACCUGAACUGGGAGUCUUUCUCCAACACCAGCUACUACACCCGCAUCCUACCCCCUGUCCCUCAGGAUUGCCCAACACCGCUGGGGGUCAAAGGUAAAGCAGAGCUCCCAGAUCCAGAGGUCCUGGUGGAGACGUUGCUCCGCAGACGCACCUUCAGACCAGACCCUCAGGGCAGCAACCUCAUGUUUGCCUUCUUUGCCCAGCACUUCACACACCAGUUCUUCAAGACAUACAACCGCAUGGGCCUGGGCUUCACCAAGGCUCUUGGUCAUGGAGUGGACGCAGGCCAUAUCUAUGGAGACAACUUGGCUCGCCAGCUUCGUCUGAGAUUGCUCCGGGACGGCAAGCUCAAGUACCAGGUGAUCAAGGGGGAUAUGUACCCUCCCACGGUUGCCGUGGCCCCUGUCAAGAUGCACUACCCUCCGGGGAUCCCUGUGAAGAACCAGCUGGCCAUCGGCCAGGAGGUGUUUGGUUUGCUGCCCGGCCUGAGCCUGUACGCCACCCUGUGGCUGAGGGAGCACAACCGUGUGUGUGACGUGCUGAAGGAGGAGCACCCCACCUGGGACGACGAGCAGCUCUUCCAGACCGCCAGGCUUGUCAUCAUCGGUGAGACGAUCCGUAUCGUCAUAGAGGAGUACGUCCAGCACCUGAGCGGCUAUCUCCUGCAGCUCAAGUUCGACCCCACGCUGCUGUUUGGCUCCCAGUUCCAGUACGGGAACCGCAUCUCCCUAGAGUUCAGCCAGUUGUACCACUGGCACCCCCUCAUGCCCGACACCUUCCUCAUUAAGGACGACGAGCUCACUUACCCCCAGUUCCUGUUCAACACCUCGGUGCUGACCAGCUAUGGCGUGGAGACACUGGUGGAUGCAUUUUCCAAGCAGGUGGCUGGGCAGAUAGGGGGAGGCUACAACAUCCACAACGUGGCAACCAGGGUUUCUGUGGGAACCAUCAAAGAGUCCCGACAACUGCGUCUGCAGUCCUUCAACGCCUACAGGAAACGUUUUAACCUCAGGCCUUACACUUCCUUCUCAGACUUCACAGGUGAGAAAGAGAUAGCCCAAAAACUGGAGGAUCUUUAUAGCGACAUUGACGCCCUGGAGUUCUACCCUGGCCUGCUGCUGGAAAGGACCAGGCCGGGGGCCAUAUUUGGAGAGAGCAUGGUGGAAAUGGGGGCACCCUUCUCCCUGAAAGGCCUUUUGGGAAAUCCUAUCUGCUCACCAGAGUACUGGAAGCCCAGCACGUUCGGAGGCCAGACAGGCUUUGAUAUGGUCAACUCUGCCACCUUGAAGAGGCUGGUGUGUCUCAACACACAGACGUGUCCCUACGUGUCCUUCAGUGUCCCCAGAGAGGGGACACCCAACACUGGGAAGGGGACACCGAACACUGGGAAGGGGACACCCAACACUGGGAAGGGGACACCCAACAGUGGGAAGGGGACAUCUACUAAAGGAAGUGACGAGCUUUCGGUAGUCAUGACGACGCUGGAUGAUAAGAUCCUGGGGGAGAAACUCCAGUACUACUGCAGCAGCAGCGAGGACGAGGACAGCGACAAGGAGGAUGAGGAGGGGCAGGCCAAGACCAUCCGCAACCCAGACGUGCUGGAGCCAGAGCUGGAGUACAGCGCCGAUGGCAGCGCCAUCAAUACCGGGCCGAAGGGGGUGAUCAACGACUGGAGGAAGUACAAGCAGCUGGAGGUGGAGCAGCGCCAGGAGCAGAAGAAGGAGAUGGAGAGGCUCAUCAAGAAGCUCUCCAUGACCUGCCGCUCGGACCUGGACCUGGAGAAGGACAAGGAGAAGCAGAAGGACCUGCAGGACAAGAUCCACAGCAAGAUGACCAUGCAGGAGUACAACAUGCUCCAGGAGGGCGAGGACGAUGAGGACUUCCUGAAGCAGUAUCGCCUCCAGCGCAUCGAGGAAAUGCGGCGCCAGCUGUACCGCGGCAAGCGCUUUGAGCAGGUCUACGAGCUGAGUUCCGGCGAGGAGUUCCUGGAGGCCCUCGACAACGAGGACAAGAGCACCCUGGUCAUGAUCCACAUCUACGAGGCCGAGGUGCCCGGCUGUGACUCCAUGGCGGGCAGCCUGCUGUGCCUGGCGCAGGAGUACCCGCUCAUCAAGUUCUGCAGCGUCCGAGGCUCCGCGAUCGGCACCAGCGCCCUGUUCCGGGGCAGCGCCCUGCCCGCCCUGCUGGUGUACAAGGGAGGGGAUCUGAUCGGGAACUUUGUGUGCGUCACCGACCAGCUGGGGGAGGACUUCUUUGCGGUGGACGUGGAGGCGUUGCUGUUGGAGUACGGCCUGCUGCCCGACAAGCAGCUGCUCAUCCCCAAGACCAUCCGCAACGGGGCCAUCACACAGCACGCGCAGAGCGACGAGGACUCUGACCUCGACAUAGACUAGACACACGCACACACGUACACACACACACGUACACACCUGACAUCAACUAGGGCCCCUAACGUCUUCUAUUCUGUAUCACGACUCGGCACAUUUGGCACACAAACAGACACACAACGACUGAAUUGCAUUGAACCCGACUGGAGCAUGCAGCACAACCUCGAGGGUUGUGAAGGACAUUCACAUUCCGUGUUGCUCGUGUGGAGCUGUCUUCAACAUGUUUUUUGGGUCUAAAUCACCCCUAGCUUACUUUAACUAGGUAACACAGAUUAUCCUUUUAUUUAAUAUGCACAACGAAUAUAUGCAGACAUUACACUCUGAAUGACAUGUUGUAUUUUUGACUGUAACUAUUUAUUCUUUAAUUGUGGAAAAAUCACUUGUCUGUUUUCAACAUCUCUUUCUUGUGCAUGUUCUAUCAUGACUGUACUUCCCCCUGUAGAAGUGGGGAAAAAAUCCUGUCCCAAACUGACUUUUGUGUUAGUUUUAUACCUUUUUUUUAUGUUUGGUCAUUUAAAACCUGUUAAGAUAAGAAUUAUAAAACGUAGCUGGAUUUGA